CAUCAUUGUGUGCAGGAACAACAAGGUACGACGUAUAGAACAACAGAAAGGCUCUAUUGGUCGUAGAAAAUCUUUGUGUCACGUCCUCGUCACUCGGUCUUCACUCAGUUGUUUGAUGUCGCUCUCUGCACAAGACAAGUUCCACCGUCAGAUGAGCUUAGUACAACAAGCCUACCUGCAAAUAGAUCCAUCAUCGCGAAGAAGCGAAGAUCGAUAGAAUCAUCUAUCUUCAGGCUCGGUAAAAUAAAAGUGAAACUGCACGACCUGAAGCUGAUAGAAUGAAGCAUCUUGUUCGUCCAUCUCGUCCGGCCACGAGUUACUUUCCUCGUCGCGAUGCUUGCGUUUGUUCAACAUCUGGAAGGCGUCAGGUUUGUUCCGCUGCAAGCGGAGGUGCCUCGUCUUCUUCACGAAGAUCGCGGCUUGUUGUUGCGGAAAAACAUUCCUCUACCAUUUUAGUAGAGAAAAACUUCCAUCAACAUCAACAAAGUUCUUGGGCGGGAAUAGUUCCGGCGCGGCGGCGCGCCUUCGCAACCGGCGCCUACAAUCGGGAGAAACCGCACGUCAACAUCGGCACGAUCGGGCAUGUAGAUCACGGUAAGACGACUUUGACCGCCGCCAUCACCAAAGUUUUGGCGAACCAGGGCGGAGCGGAAUUUCGGGACUACGCGCAGAUUGACCGAUAUGGAUGUGUCAGGAUCGAAAUCGACAAAGUUGAAAUGAUUUGUCAUGCAUAAAAUGCAGCCCACAAAGUGACUGUCUUGCUCUUGCAGAGUAGGCAAGUGAGGCAGAUUGUAAGCCUGUUGAGAGGUAGAAUCUGAGCUGCUGAAGAAGCAUGACAAAAGGCGUCUUCGUUACCCAAACAGCAUGACAAACUGGAUUUCGGUUCUACCCGAAUUUGUCAUGCGCCACUUGGAAGCUGGGUUACAAGUGGCAUUCAUUUUAUGCGUCACAAAUUAUUUCAACUUCGUCGAUUUCAAACCUCACGCUUCCAUAACCGAGCGCCCGAGGAACAAAAGCGAGGGAUCACGAUCAAUCAGUCACAUGUCGAGUACUUACAUCUUAUCAUGAAGAUAAUGAUUAAAAUACAUCACAACUGCAUGGCUGCAGACGAGAUUUAUUUUCGUCGGUUUUGAGUACUCUCAACAUGGAUGGGCAGUCAGACUCAUUUCUUGUUUAGCGACGAUAUGUAAUACAUGUUGAUCAUUCACUCCUUUAUACUGCUGGCCGUGGCGUGUUAUUAUGAUUUUUAAAUGAAUCGAAGGUAUUCCACCGCAUCUCGACACUAUGGACAUGUGGACUGCCCGGGCCACGCAGACUACGUGAAAAACAUGAUCACUGGCGCCGCGCAGAUGGACGGCGCUAUUCUCGUGGUAUCAAAUGCAAAAGUGUCUGGGUCUGGAAGAUUGCGAGAUUUGUCAUGCUUGUCUAGCAUGACCAAAAAGUUUGUGAUGCGUGUCCAAGAAGAGACCCUUUUGCCUGUUAUGCAAAAACGAAGUUUGUCAUGCGAAAAAUGCAACACAAAGAAGCGCAGAUAUUUCUCAUGCUUGGCUGUGCAACGCAGAGCAUUAUUUACAAUUCCCAACGCAGCAUUACAAGUUUCCAGACCCAGACAUUUUUGCAUUUGAUACAUGGUGUCCGCCUACGACGGUCCUAUGCCGCAAACGAGGGAGCACAUUUUGUUGUCCAAGCAAAUCGGGGUGCCCAGGCUGGUCGUGUUUUUGAACAAAAUGGACAUGGUGGAAGAUCUGGAGCUAGUGGAGCUGGUAUUUGAUAGAAAUUUAGCUCUUGCCAUGCGAAUGUCGAGCUCUUGCCAUUUAGAGCGAAAAAAUCAAAAAAAAAUAACCAAAAGGUCGAGCUGGAACUCCGCGAGAUGCUGGAUUUUCACGGGUUUUCCGGGGAAGAGACGCCCUUCGUGAAGGGCAGCGCGUUGAAAGCUUUGAAGGGAGAGGCGGGGGAGUAUGGGCCGGACUCCAUCACUAAACUGAUCGACGCUGUCGAUAACUACCUCCCCACUCCGGAAAGACCCACGGACAAACCGUUUUUGAUGAGUACUUACAUAGAUACCAUGAAUGGUAGUAAAAAAAGAUACACGAGGAGAUCUCCCGGUCGUAACGUGGGGAGAAGCAGGCCGCAUGCUUAUCAGGGCAAGCGGUUAGUGGAUCUGGUUGAAAGAGUGGCCCCAGUGAAUGAGGGCCGCCGCCUCUCAUGAUGCCACCUCGUAGACCAUAUAUACGCGCUGGCCUUGUUGUUCUACGGAGAGCUAGCAGCAAGCAGCUCCUUGGCCCAUGCGCUUGCGCUGCUGCGCAGGUUCGCAACAAAAAGGCACGCCGCCGCUGUGCUGUUUGUUGCCUGCCACCCGGGUGCCGCGGCUGCGCCUCGCGCGUCCACGGGACGCGACGGGGCAGCAAGCCGCGCGGCACCACCGACGAGCGCAGCUGCGCUACCGUUAGGGGAGCGCAGCCACCCAGAUGGCUGGCCACCCCACCCUCCCGGAUGCCGCCCCUUAUCCGAGCUCGGCCAAGCCCAUACCGAGAAUUAUAGCGCCGACCGUUGAUAGUGCGCGGCCACCCGGUUGGUCGGUACUAUGAAGAGCGCGCCACGACAGGCGAGCCCUGUGGCACCACUGAAACGGCCACACAGCAACACAUUGGCGGCGCACAACCGCCCACGAGUUGAGCGCCCCCAGACAUGCAAAUGCUUGCUGUAGCUACGCAGUGCAAUACCAAAUCGGACGAAAAUCAACGGCAGUCGUGGGGAGGUGUUGGUGUUCGUGAGGCACUACGUCCGACGCGCCUCCGAGCCGUGAGGGCACUCGGAAGGGUAGGAGAGAGGGACCGAAAGUGCACCUACUCCGGGUGCGGGAGAUCCUGGCGAGACAGAUCCCACAUACAAUGCACUGAGACCCAUCCGUCCCCUUGUACGUGCGAUGUUUGUGCACAGUGGUCGGCAUCACCUGUGGCUUCGAUAAUAAUAAUAAUAAAAAAAGAUACACGCAGACAAAUGCACCGUGUUAAUAAAGUAUUGUAUGUGAAUCUUUACACCAAUUGUAUGUGAAUCUUUACCCGCAACAAGUUCUUACACCAAUUGUCAACACUUGUUUGACAAGUAGAAAUAACACUACAACAGGCGUCGAGUCAGUUCUCCGGAUCCCGACUAAAGGCACGGUAGCGACGGGAAAAAUCGAAACCGGGCAGGUAAAGGUAGGGGAGAAGCUAGAGUUGACGGGCUCAUCGGGCAAGUAUCAGAGUGCACAACUCCCCCUCAAUAUUUUCAUUUCUCAUGCAAAACACCAACUCCUCACUUUAUUCCCUCGCCCUCCUGUCACUAUUAUGCAUGACAAGUUCUGGCAGCUCAGACGGCACCACAACCCCGGGUAAGUUUGUCAUGCAAAACCUGCAUAAUUGCCGACAGCCGACGCUUGUAUUGCCGCUCGUCGUGCACCUCAAAUGAGGGGGAGGUGUGCACGCUCAUAGCAAGCCGCGGAGUGUGGAAGUCACGGGGCUGGAGAUGUUUCACAAAACACUCGACUCCGGAAUGGCCGGGGAUCAGUGCGGUAUAAUGCAGUCAUGCAUUACAAAUCUUUUUCGUAAGCUAAAUCCGCAUUACAAAUUGUAUUUCUCAUGCUGAUGAAAUUUGUAAUGCAUUCAUACGACUACGAUACUUUUGCAGGUCAUAAUAAUUGUGUUAGAAGGCCGCGGCCCUAGUACAACAGUGAAUUUCUGGGAAGUACAACGAUCCUGACUUUUCUACUACUUUAUCAUGCAAGACGCAACUACACAAGUAGAAGGGCGAUUCACACAAUAUUAAAGUUCCUCCCACAAUCGAUGAUCAACAUGUAUCCUCCGUGUCAGGUAUCAUGUUGAAGGGCGUGAAGAAGGACGAAAUUGCCCGUGGGCAGGUGAUAUCAACUGUAAAAAUGUCUGGGUCUGGAAGAAUGCAACUUGUGAUGCUGCAUUUGGAUGUCUAAAAAAUUUGUGUUGCAUGAGCAGCAGAAGGAUUCUAGUUUUUGCUACGCGGGGAGGGCAUUUCUCAUGCAGAAUAGGCAUCAAGAAUCCUUCAGAAAACCUGUGAUACUAGGGCAUGCGCCACAGACAUCAUGGCUCAUGCGAGCCGUGCAUGACAAGUCUCAGGAUCUUCCAGACCCAGACAUUUCUGCAUUUGAUAGGUGAUCGCGAAACCGGGGCACUGCAAGACCUUCAGCAAGUUCGAUGCGGAUCUUUACGUGCUAAAGACGGACGAGGGUGGAAGGAAAAAGCCGUUCUUCAGCCGGUACCGUCCGCAGGCGUUCAUUCGCACGGGCAUAUCAAAUGCAAAAAUGUCUGGGUCUGGAAGAAUGAGAUUUGUGAUGCAGGUUUUCCAUGACCCAUGAGGUCUGGAAUGCGAGACACAGCAUGACAGAUUCUUUGAGGUCUCUAUCAUGCCUUUCCUGCAUGAGAAACUCCCCCGCAACUUGGUCAAAAGCGGACAGCUUUUGGUACUCACGCAACACAGAUUUUUGCAUCAUUCAGAUUUAGCAUGACAAGUUCUAAUCUUCCAGACCCAGACACUUUCACAUUUGAUAGGGCACUUGUACGGUCGAUGUGCAUCUACCCGACAACGUCGAGAUGGCCAUGCCGGGGGACCGGGUGAAGGUGCGUUGCGACCUGGAAAAGCCGUUUGCGCUGGAAGAGGGCCUGCGAUUUGCGUUGCGCGAGGGGGGGAUCACAGUGGCCAGCGGCAUCGUGACGAAGUGUGGAUGAACAGAGAAGAACAAGUAGCACGAGAAAGUAGUUGUAUUGUGCCGCCGAGAUGAAUGAAUCAAUGUACUGAUGUCUGUUCAGUGUUCACUACAACAGAAAUCGUGUGCCUUUUUGUAUUCGAACACAUGAUACAUGCUCUGCCCGCUUUGGCUUUCUUUUCUGUUCUUGACAAUCAAUGGUCUCCACAAGGAGAUAAAUGACUUUACUAAAGUACAAAUGGAGCAUAGAACAGAAACAAUGCACCGGUCGACGUUCAUGAAUUCUUGAAUUUCUUCUCGUACUUAUACGCGCUGUCGUCCUCCUUGUGCUUCUCAUAGUGCUUCUUGUCGACGAGGAGUGCUAAUAGUAUCAGCAAUGAAAAUAAAUCAUCUACGUGCCGUAGUACGAAAAGAAGUGAACAAGGCAUGUUGACCUCCAGAACGCCAUGCCACGGAAACAAGGGAAAUUUGUUUCCUAUACAUAGCAUUUAGAAGUUGUAGAUAUGGAAUAGCAACUUUUCACGAGGGGCCACAGACAGCGAACGCUGGCACCAGCUGCCUGCAGCCGAUUCGAUCUCAUUUUUAGCUGUCCCCCUUUCGAAUGAAUCGGGAGCACGCGGGCGGCUUUACCAGAUGAUCCUGCGUUUGUUUCUU